UAUUGCGUGAACGUUUACCUGGUAUUUCCGAAACUGCUGCUAUAUUUGCAGGUGUCGAUGUCACUAAAGAGCCUAUUCCUGUAUUACCAACUGUUCACUAUAACAUGGGUGGUAUACCAACACGAUAUACCGGAGAAGCAUUGACAAUUGAUGAAAAAGGCAAUGACAAGAUAGUUCCGGGACUUUACGCGGCUGGUGAAGCAGCAUGUGUAUCUGUCCAUGGUGCUAAUCGUCUCGGUGCAAAUUCUUUGCUUGAUAUUGUCGUAUUUGGUCGUGCAUGUGCUCACCAUGUUAGAGAUACUUUGGAACCAGGAACACCACAUAAACCUCUCGCUCCAGAUGCAGGCACUCAGUCUAUUGCAAAUCUUGAUAAGCUUCGUAACGCGAAUGGCAAAUUACCUACCGCUGAUCUUCGUUUAAAGAUGCAAAAGGUUAUGCAAAAGGACGCUGCUGUUUUUAGAACGCAGAAUUCUCUAGAGGAAGGCGUUAAAAACAUAGAUCAAGUGUGGGAAUCUUUCAAAGACGUCAAAGUAUCUGAUCGGUCAAUGAUUUGGAAUUCUGAUCUGAUAGAAACUCUAGAAUUGCAAAAUCUAUUGACUAAUGCAGUUCAAACGUUGCACUCUGCGGUGGCCCGUAAAGAAUCUCGUGGAGCUCAUGCUCGUGAAGAUUUCAAGGAGCGUAAUGAUGCAUCUCGGUUAACUAAUAA